AUGCCUUCCACACCCAUCCCAGGCAUAACGGAAGAGUAUUUUCUUUCGGAAACUGAAGUCCAUGACCUCGUUUCAGUUUAUAUUCCAGAUGAUACUGUCACAUCAGAUGACCUUUCCGCCUGGAUGUCAAAAGAUGGCACAUGGGAUUUUACUUGGGAUGAUCUUUCAAAUAUUCAGGAAUAUAGAUCACUGGUCAAAUCGUCAAUGGCCACCAAAUGUACUGUUGGUUACGUACGAAAAUCAAAUACCAAUGAA